AUGGUCCGACGUCAAAUCGUCAAUCGCCCUCUCAAAGAAGAGGGCAUGAAUGAUCCCUUAGCCAACGUCGAACAGUUCAACAUCAUCCAAUUCUUGCAAAACGACCAAGAGUUCAACAUCCCAAUGGAGACUUUUGAACAAGCUAACUUGGAACAAAAGGUGGAACCAAUCCACCAUCAGCAACACCAGCAAAUGGUACAACAACCUAUGUUAAUGCCGCCCCAUAUGAUUCAACAGAUUCAUCAGCAGCAAAUGUAUCAACAACAGCUUGCUGGGAUGCCAAUGACACCGGCUAUCACUGAUCUUACUCGUCACGGAUCUUCAUCGUCCCCCUCCACAACUAACUCGGAUCCACCGUACUCACCAGAAGGACUUCAAAGCUACGGAGGACUAGGAACUCAACGUAUGAACCAAGGGGUCAUUUCGAAUCAGGAGCUUCCAGCGCCAGUUAUGAACCGUCAGUUCAAUCAAAGAAUGGGAAAUAGUAAUACUUCACCAAAUCCACCGUCUUUCCCACCGUUUCUCAACAGUAACCAACCAACUCCAGCAAGUUAUAUUCAGUCAAUAUCACCGGAUGGACAAAACGACGGACAGGGAUUUGUUCAGAGUAACUUGUACAACCCAUUGAACGUUUCCAGUGAUGAGAGUAUCAACGGAUCAGAUGAUGUUCCAAAUCGCAAACGUCCUCGCUUCGAUCAGAACAUUGAUCCCAGCUACAUUCUCAACGCAGCUCUUUCCGGAAAGCUCCCUGGAGAACUUCUCGAUGAGGGUGGUCAACCAAGCAUCAAAUUUUUCAAGUACUUGGAGGAACAGUGGUGUCCAAUGUGUGAUGUCACUGGAGAGGAACUCGGACGUCUUCAAGUUCAUGUUCUCGCUGAUAAAGGAUUCAACUACUCCACAAAUGACAACUGCUUCGUCAAUCAAAAGAAGAAUCAUUUCCAAGUUACUGUCAAGAUUGAGGCGAUUGACCCAACUCCCCCACAAUGUUUCAAGUUGAAUGGAGUUUGCAUGCCAAUCGAGAAUUUCCAACUUUCCUUUGUCGGAGUCAAGGCUGAGUCUCUGAGCUCGGAAAUUCUGAUCAAGCAAUCCACCACGGAACGAAAACCGAUUCUCCACACUCCAGUGCUUUUCAAGAUUGUCGAGCGCCGUAUGACCAUUGUCACCGUUCCAAGACUUCACUUUUCCGAGACUACCCAAAACAACCAAAGAAAGAAUCUUCGUCCAAACCCGGAUCAGAAGUACUUCAAUCUCGUUGUUCGUCUUUAUGCCACUGCUACUGAUGGAACUACCGUUUUGAUGCAGGCAUUCGCUUCGGAGCGUGUUAUUGUUCGCGCAACCAAUCCAGGAUCAUUCGAGCCACCAGAGACAAUCGACGCCAGCUGGAACAAGACUGGAGGAGUUUUGAGCACUAUUGGACCAGUUGUUGUUGGAAAGUCCGAGCCACGUGCCCAACUGACUGUUGAUGGAGAUAUAUAUUCAAGUGGACGUGUUAUGUGUCCAUCCGAUAUUCGUCUCAAGGACAACAUCACCGGAAAGGAAGCAAAAGAGGCUUUGGAGAACCUUCAGAAGCUGCGUAUCGUUGAUUAUUUCUACAAGCCGGAAGUUGCUGAGAAAUGGGGAUUGUCUGAAGACCAAAGGAAACGAACAGGAGUCAUUGCUCAAGAGUUGGCGGAAAUUAUUCCAGAUGCCGUCAGAGAUAUUGGAGAUUACUUGACUGUCAAUGAGUCUCGUGUAUUCUAUGAAACAGUUCUGGCUACUCAAGAACUUUGUCGUCUUGCUGGAGAUCUCGAUCAAAAAAUUGACGAUAAGGUCGAUGAGAUCAGCAAGCGUUUAAGUGAGUAUGCCCUGAAAAAGAAAAUGCUCUGCUCGAUUGCAUCUAACCUCAACUCGGAGGGAAGAUCAUUGACUGCAUCCAGAACUUCAUUGGAUUCUUCGGCAACUGCCCUCACUGAAACCAACACCAAAAGGAAUCGUCGUGCAAACAGGAAGAAGAACAACAAGGAUAAAAAUGAUGAGAAAAACAAAAAGGAGCCUCCAAAGUCGAGAGUCACUCAUACAACUGUCAUUGGAUUGGUCGGAGUUAUGGCUUUCUGUCUGAUUGCAAUGUCUGCUCUCUACAUUUUGGAUUGGCACAAUCGUAACUUUGGAUACCACCACGUCACACCAAAAAGCACUACUCCAGGACCAAAAGAGGGACCUGGAAACGUUGUCAUUCCUCUUGAUCACUACGUACCGCUCAGCCAACCCGAUGCCCCUCCGUUAGUCCCGUUCUGCCCUGUUUCCAAAUGUCGAGAAUACUGUUGCACUGACUAUGACCGAGAUCAUGCUGAACUAGAGGUGGCUGAUUACGAUGCAAAAAAUGUUGAGGAAAAUGAAUCUGGCUUCAAGGCUGAAACUCGUUCAGAUUUCAAAAUCAAAGGAUUUGGACAUAAUGUCAGGAUUACAUUGCCAGAGUUGAAAAUGGAAAUUGAUGAGCGUUACUGCAUUGAGAAGAGUUGUGUUCCAAAAAGGAGAGUGUAUAGUCUCUUCAUUCCAAUUACUCGCUGGUUGCCAACUGUUUCCUUGGAUGUGAACAUUGAUGUACCAGCAUCGAAGUUUGUCAACAACUGUGGACACAUUCAAGAAUUCGACAACAGAAAGUGCGACGACCAGAGCAAGAACAAAUCAGAUGCUCAGAAGGAGACUACAGACGAGACACCAAAGAAGACUCGAAAAGAGUCUCCAAACCCAAUAUCCAUCGAACUAUUCCAUGGUAACUAUCGAGUGACCGCCGGACAAUGGAUGCAAUCUGCCUAUCGCUUCCGCGUUGGGCCCUCAAUCGAACUCUGCUCAAUCGAAGAUAAUACAUUUGGAGGAUUCUACGAGGAGUACAACCUUAUCUUUUAUCGCGCGUGCAAUAAAACCAAUUCGUCAGCUAUUAAAACUGUUUAA